AUGGCAAGUUUGCAUCGGUUUAGUCGAUUUUCUGCAGGGUUGAUGCUUUCCAGUAGGAGGAUUUUACCUGCAAAAGUUGCCGAUGGCCAAGCAGCUUCAUUCAACAGAUGUGCUCAAUGUUGCUACUCUUCCUUACGUUCAGAAGCAAUAAAAGAUGACUUUUAUGCUGAAAGAUUAAGCGGAGAUCAGGAAGGUAUUACUGUCUUUACGUUUAAUAGACCCAAAGCUAAGAAUGCUAUAAGUAAACACGUUGCUAACCAGUUUCGAGAAUCAAUAGAAGCUGUGAAGCAUGACAAAUCCGUCCGAGUAGUCAUUCUCAGAAGUGCUGUACCUAAUAUCUUUUGUGCCGGUGCAGAUUUAAAAGAACGAUUGCAAAUGCCGCCUGAAGAAGUUGGACCUUUCGUAUCUGGUCUUCGAGCUUUAUUAUCUGGUAUUGCUGCUUUACCAAUGCCAACAAUUGCUGCAUUAGAUGGAGCUGCAUUAGGUGGAGGGUUGGAAAUUGCUCUUGCAUGUGAUUUUAGAUUAGCAGCCUCAAAUGCUAAGUUAGGUCUCGUUGAAACAAAGUUGGCAAUUAUUCCUGGUGCCGGUGGUACACAACGUUUAACACGAAUUGUAGGAAUUGCACAAGCGAAGCGGUUAAUUUUCUCCGCUAAAAUUCUUAAUGGACAUGAAGCUGCAAAAAUAGGUUUAGUAGAAGAAGCUGUCGAGCAAUCUGUAGAAGGCGAUGCAGCUUAUCAUGCUGCUGUAUCAUUGGCUGAACAAAUUUUGCCACAGGGACCCUUAGCUGUGAGGAUGGCUAAAGCCGCAAUUAAUGGUGGCAUAGAAACAGAUAUAGCGACUGGCCUUGCAUUGGAAGAAUCAUACUAUGCUCAAGUUAUUCCGACGAAAGAUCGUAUAGAAGGAUUGAAGGCCUUUUCAGAAAAAAGAAAGCCAAUGUAUACCGGAAAUUAAGAGUUUUCGAGAUUCUUAGUAUACGUUCACGAAUCACCUGGUUUUUAGACAUCUGCAAUAUUUUAUACUGCUUAUCUACUAAAUGCAAUUUUAUUUCAAUGAUAUGUUCGACAUAUCGAUAGGCAAAGAAUUCUCAUCAAUAUGUACUACCAUUGAAGCGGCUUUACUACCUAUGUAGA